AUGAGUGCUGACAAGUUACUGCUGCAUGCAUUUGAUGGUCGGCUCGUAGCCAUGUAAGGAGUAGGAGCUGGGUACUUCUUCUCAAUUCUGCCUUCUAUCAUAAGAAGUGGACAGAAGCAAAAACUUGUGAAACAGUUGCCUUUAACUUCUAUAUGCUUAGAAACAGAUUCACCUGCACUAGGACCAGAAAAACAGGUACAGAAUGAGCCCUGGAACAUUUCUAUUUCAGCAGAAUAUAUUGCCCAGGUGAAAGGGAUCUCAGUGGAAGAAGUUAUAGAAGUAACAACACAGAAUACAUUAAAACUGUUUCCUAAGCUCCCACACUUGCUCCAGAAAUAGCUUCAAAACCAUACAUUACAAAAUGGAAUCAACUGCAGGGGGCAGCAUUUGAAAAAUAAAAAUGUUCUGAUGAAGAAUCUGAACUCAAGAAGCUGUUUUAUAGGGUUUUAGAAUAUUUUAAUUGUAGAGAAAUAUUUCUUUUAGAAAGAAAACUGGGCUUAGAUCCUGAAAUCCUGGGUUCUGAUUCUAGCCUUAUGCUGCUUUUCAGUUAGCCGAGUUCUGGCGGGAUAUUGAGAAAAUACUGCUACUUCUUACAUUGCCCUAUUACACAGAACCACCAUCUGAACUGAAACCACUGCUUCUGGAAGGGUGGCUCCCACAGGAAGAGCAUAAGCACUACUGUGAUGAGGAUGGAGUUGGCUAAAGUGUGGGCUUACCACCUGUUUUUCUUCCCAUUGGAUUUAGCCAGUCAAGGGAGAGUGUCUGGUGUUCUGUGCUAUCAGAAAUCUCUUUUCUAGGUUUGUAAAAUUGAACUUUUAAUACUUUGAGUUAUUACUCUUUAAGAUAAAAAUGCAUAAGGAUUUUACACUGAUCUUAGAUUUUUGACUUAUGAGGUCAGUGGCUUGAACAAUCAUUAUUAAAUACAAAGCCCAAAAGUUUAGCUAAUAUACCAAUUUUAAGUUCUGGUAUGAAUUUUGUCAACAUAUUUAGAAUGUAAAUGACAUUGUUAAAAAUGUGUCUGACUUCCUUGUGAACAGUAAUAUUUUGUAUUUUUAAGUUUAAAAUGUUAGUAUAAGCCAAGCACAGUGGUAUGCACCUGUAGUGCCAGUUACUCAGGAGGCUGAGAUGGGAGGACCCCUUAAGCCUCAGUUUUAGUCCAGGCAACCUAGUGAGAUGUGAGAACCUGUCUCUAAAAAAGUACAUAAAUAAAAAUCUCAAAAAAAUAAAAAUCUCGGGUGUAAAAACAGUUCUGCAGAUAGAUGGUAGUGAUGGUAGCACAACAAUGUGAAGGUAUUUAAUGCCACUGAACUGUACACUCAUAAAGAAUGAAGAUGAUACAUUUUAUGUGUAUUUUACUAUAAUUUUUUUUAAAUCUUAUAUGUAGUUCAACAGGUGUGGUCCAUGGCAAAACUUAGGUAUUUAAUCUUUUUAUAUAAGCAGAAAAUGCUGGAAAAAGUACCUGUCAUAGAAAAAAUAAACUUCUUAAAUCAAAGUGA